GUAGAUGUUUUUGUUUUCAUAACACGUGCAUAAAACUUGUUUUUACCUGAUUUCACGCUCAUUGUUAAAAAAGUGUCUCAUUCGAAGUUAUGCAUGAAUAGAAUCUGCAGCUGACACACUGUGGACCAAAACGUCAGCGCGUCCUUAAGUGCUCUUAAAUCCUGAUGAUGCCUUCAUUUGCUCUUAGGAAACCGCAGCAGUACGCAGGCCUUUCUCCACUGAACACUUUUCUCCGGUGUAUGAACAGGCGUUUGGAUUAUAAUCACAUUUAGUUACAUUUAGUGAAUACUAAAUUGGACAGUAUGUUUUUAUCUUAACUGAUCAGUCAUGUUUUUGUUAGUUAGUUUAUUCUUGUCAUGAAUGAUAAAAGAGGAAUUCCUACUGGCAGAACUUCAAAUUAGCCUGGUUAUUCUGUCAAUGGUGUGUGUUUUUGUUGACUGACGAUAAAAAAACCCCGUUGUUGUUUUUUUCAUCAAUUUCGCUUUAUGACAGAAGGAUGUGCCCCGUUUUUACUCUGCGAUGCACAGAGGGAAGUCUAGCUCAGUAACAACGGAGCACUGCCGAGGAGGAGAGGACGGCAGUGUGCGUUGUCAACACAGGGUGGCGUCUUGUGCCUGCUCGUGUCUGAAAAUGAAGGAAAACAUAAGACUGGAAUAGUUAAAGACUACAAACCGCGUCGGCACUGCAGGUUUCCCAAAGAUGGGAAACGGUGCGGCGCUGCUCCAAAUCCAUCCGCUCGAGCGAAGGAGGAGGAGGUGGAGAAGGGCAGAACCGCAGGCUCAACAUCCUCCGAGAGAGGUCGGUGUUUGUUAACGGCGGUAAACACGCUUCAUUUCCCCCCCAAAGAGCAGAAAAUAGAGAAAACGGCCUAUGUGCAGACAGCUGUAUUCGUUAUUGCUCAGCAGACAUGUCAUUCAUGAUGGAAGAUAAUCUGGAAUCGGGCUGGGUGGCUGUUCGCCCUAAUGCGUUCGAAGAGAAGGAAAAGCAUAAAUUUGUGUUUAUAGUGGCCUGGAAUGAGGUGGAGGGUAAAUUCGCCGUUACAUGUCACGACAGGACGGUGCAGAGAAGAAGUUUUGGCAGGGAUCCGCUGUUCGAGGCCGCCGGACAGGAUGGAGACAAAACAAAAUGGCCCGAAAGUCCUGCGAACGAUACAGUGUUGAAGAGCCCUGUCAAAGGAAUCAGAGAGGCUGCGGUGAAAGACUGCAGUCCUCAAAUCAAAUCCCUGAAGGAAACCAAAUCGAGCCCUGGGAAGAGUCGAAAUUUGACUAAAUCCACCGCUAGUUCUGUUCUAAGAAAAGAAGAGCAGCUGCCCCCUUCACUAGACAGACUGGACCUGGAGGAGCUGGAUAGUCUGAGCCAGGAGGACUGCAGCUGGGCCGGGCUCUUCUCCUUCCAGGACCUCCGGGUCAUUCAUCAGCAGCUUUGCUCAGUGAACUCAGAGCUGGAGCCAUUUCUCCCAGUGUUUCCAGAAGAACCAGCAGGGAUGUGGACGGUCCUGUUUGGUCCUGCUGAGGUACCUGAGACAGAACUGGACAAGCUUUGCUACAGUUUACAGAUGUACCUGGGUUAUGCCCUUGACACAUGUGGAUGGAAGAUCCUGUCCCAGGUGCUGUUCACAGAAAGCGAAGAUCCAGAUGAGUACUACGAGAGUCUGAGUGAACUGAGACAGUCUGGGUACGAGGACGCGCUGAACCGUGCAAACAUACAUCUGCAAGAGCUGCUGGAGAAGCACAGGACAAUGGACAGUAUGGUCGAUCUGCUGGAACUAUAUGAAGAAGAAGACCAUGCCUAUGGAGGUCUACUGGAGGCCUCCACUCAGCUGUACCAGUAUCUUCUCCAGCCUUUUAGGGACAUGAGGGAACUAGCGAUGCUAAGAAGACAGCAGAUCAAGAUCUCCCUGGAGAAUGACUAUUUGGGGACUAGGCGUAUUGAGACCCUGAGAAAAGAGGAUUCUGAUUGGCAGAAAAAAGCUCAGGAGGCAGUCCUUAGUAUCCAAGAGUUUACUGUCAAAUACUUUGAGAUCACUGCGAGAGCUCAGAAAGGGGUUUAUGAACGUAUGAAGGUGGACCAGCGAAAGUUUGGUAAAUCCUCAUGGACAGCAGCGGUGGAGCGCAUGGAGAGACUGCGUUAUUCUGUGGCAAAGGAAACACUGCAGCUACAGAGAGCCCGGGAGAUUUGCCUAGAACAGAGAAAACACACACUUCGCGAGGAGAUGCAGAGUCUGUGUAGCAGUGAGGAUGCCAUGGCCCUGCUGGACAGAAUGGAGAGUCAGUACUAUGAGCUUCAGCUCCAGCUCUAUGACAUCCAGGCAGAUAUACUGCAGUGUGAAGAGCUGCUCCUGACAGCCCAACUGGGUAGUAUCCACAGACAAAUCACAGAGCGUCAGGACGAAGUUGUUUAUUAUGACACCUUUGAAAGUGCAGAUGACAUCAAAUACGACGACACAUUUGAGAAAGAAGCGCUGCGCAAUCUUCAGGUCAGCGCUCGACAGCUAGAAGCCAGGAGGGGGCGCAUCACUGCCAAGUGCUCCUACCUGAGGAAAAAAAGGGAAAUCUGUGCUUCCAACCACACUCAGAAACAGCAUGUACGUGAAAGCCUCUACAAGGAUUCUCAUUUACAGCUAAAAAAUGAAGAAGAUGAGGAGAAGAGGAACACUAGAGUCAGUCAGGAGCGACAGAGGACUCUGGACAGGCUACGUACUUUCAAACAACGGUAUCCAGGACAGGUGAUCCUGAAGUCAACAAGGCUACGCGUGGCCCACACCAGAAGAAGAGAGCGAGAACGAAGCAUGGAAAUGAGCACUGUGACAGAGAGGGAAGAGUGCAUCCAGACGCAGGCACAGCCGCUGUGUCUGAGCACCAGCGUUCAGACAGACCCCAGCUCCACCCUCACCACUCAGCCUGUUACAGCUUCCAAAGCCUCCCUUCCUCUGCUGCCUGUGCCUAGUCCUGCAGACUCCUCCUGUUCUCCCUGCUCCUUGUCAUCGCUUCUCUCUUCCCCUAUCUCCCCUCUGCCUCCCCCACCACCUCCACCUCCACUACCAUCCCGUGAAAAGCUUUCACCCUCUGAGAAAUCGGGUUGCCACAGACAGAAGUCAGAGGCCAAGAGCACAGCCGAUGAAAGAUCACUGUCCCCACUUGGACCUUUCAUCCCUCGCUUCUUUGAUAGCAGCCAACUGUUGAGCGCCAGGAAGAAGCUAAGGAAGACUCCAGAGUUUGAUACACACAGAAAAGUUAGCUCACCCAUGGACGAGGUGUUGGCCUCCUUAAAGAGAGGAAGCUUCCAUCUCAGGAAGGUUGACCAGGGAUCCCUGCCUUCCAGCAAAAGUGACGAUGACCCAAAUAGCAUCCUGGCUCAGAUCCGUAAAGGCGUCAAAUUAAGACGUGUUCCUCAUAAAGAGAGAAAAGACCAUGGAGAGCUGCCAGCAUCUACAGACCCUCUGACCCGGAGCAUUCACGAAGCUCUGCGUCGCAUCAAGGAGGCCUCACCUGAGUCGGACUCAGACGAUGAAGUGCUCGCUGGCCCUGAGUGGGACAGCUAGACCUUGAGGCUCUAGUGGUGAAGAUAUACAACCCAAAACAAAUGCCAGCAACCUUUGGCUCUGCAUGCACUGUACUGUACUACAAUGUGGAGAGUACUGUAAUGUUACACACAAACACACACUCACAUACACACACAGUUCCCUGUGCCAGAGCCUGAGUCAUGCUCAAUAUCAACUCCUUAGCAAAAGCACCCAAGGUCCACAUCCACCUGUUUGUUUUGUAACACUGCGAUGAUCACAACAUCAGCGGUUGUGUUUUGAUCCUACUGUAUAGCACAUUGGUUUUGUCCCUGUAAUCAGACUGUAAAGACACCCUGUUUACAAUUUGUUUUUUGUCACUUGUGCUGAUGAACAGCCCGUAAUGCCCUGCCGUGGCCACAUUAAUAUUCAUAGAUAGCACUCUAUACUCAGCACACGGUACAGAGGCUCAUUCGUGAAAACAGAACUUCAUUCUGAAUGGAGCGCUUAAACUUGUAUGUGGAGAAAACCUGUAAACAUGCAGACACAGUUUCUGUUUUGGUUUGAUUGUAUAAUACACAGAAGUUGGUGCAGGAUCAUUACUAAAAGUCUGAAAAUGUAUGUCUUUGGGCUUUAUUUGAUCUACAGUAAUACUAAUUUUCAUACUACUGUAGAUUCUUUAUUAUAUUUAGCCUUUAGAGGUCUGUCCGUGGUAUCCACAGGCCACCUAAAAGAAAUGGACCUAUGCAGAGUUACAUAAUGUCAACAGAUUAAAAGUGCUUGAUAGGUCACUCUUUAUCUGUGGCAGUCUUUGAGUUUACCUGAUCUUAAUUUGUUGCAUCUUCAUGAUGUAAGUUGCUGACGCAAAAACAAUCUUUUUGGCCACCUUAAAGAUUAGCCAGUUAUUUAAAAUUGUGUCACUGGACUUAAUGGAUCAAAGCCUUCCCUCCCAAAGCUUGUAGUCUGAAUUAAUUGGAAUGAUUUGCAAUCAUAACUUCAGCCACAUGGGUGUGGUGUUGCCCAGUUUUUACAGGCAUUAGGAAAAUCAAUUGACAGUUUAGACUAAUUCAGUCACAAGUCAGCACAAAUACUUUCUGACUCGGACUAGAAAAUGUGCACAUGGAACACACCUUUGGUUUGUCACGUGUUGUUCUAGAACAUUUCCUGUCUUCAUCUGGCCCCACAACCUCCAACUGUCUCUGGGUGAGGGAACCAUGUACCGAUCCAUCUGUUCAACAUUGGCAUAUGGGCAGGCUUGCUGGAGAUGCAACGAGUCACUUCAUGGUUUUCCAAUUUGUUGCCACUUCUUUAACUUAAAGCUGGGCACUCAGAGUGGAGGUUGUCGGAGUUGAAAGCCAUUGAGUGAUUCUCAUGAAAACUCGUUUUCACAGAUUAAAGACAUGGAGUUUUUUGAAAAA